CAUCACCACAUCUUUCCCUACAACCACAACUGUUAAUCAGUCCCCCGUUCACACACCUCUCACACUCGCCUACAACUCCCUUCACCACAACCACCACCACUUCCCGUUCUCAAUCCUGCAUUCUCCAUCCUCAGCUUACUCCAGAUAUCAUAGCACAAUGCCAGGAGUAACCAAGCACGUCCGCUUUGACGAGCGCAACACCAUGUAUUCUCCAGCUCCCCCCACACCAUCACCCACAUAUUCAAACACCUCCCUCCCAUCAUCAUCAGGGCCCAGCACGCCCCCACAACAAUUGUACUCUCCCCUACCAACCGGUCCUGUCGUUAUCCACCCCCUCCUCGCUUUUCAGCCUCUCAUACCCCCCAUUCUGUACGACGUCUCAUUCCCACCCAAUAGCGUCCAGCCAAAUGUCCACUCAUCUCCCACCCAUCUCUCAUCACAAGUCCUUGCUGAGCCAGCCACUAGCCCCCCGCUACAAUCUCUGACACUGCUCAAUCAGUCACUACCGUGGGAGCUCACUAUCCGCCCAACCUCUUCCGUCACCCCCUUUGUGACCGUCCAAGACGUUCUCCACGGUGUCUACCGCUUCCUGCGGCUCAGCGUCAACUCGGCUGAGUAUAGCAUGCUGCCUUCGAAAGACCACCAAAUGCGGGUGAACCUUGCCUACCACGCACGGUGCAAUCGUUCACCCUCAAAGGACAUCUACGACGAGGAGUCUAAAAAGGGCGUCAAGCGGGUUGACUUUUUGAUGGGUCAGAACAAGCUCAUGGGGUUGUCGAGCACGAAGCGAGGACCUGAUGUGUGGGUGCUGAACGUCUCAUGAUAUUGAGACUGCCGAUCAGUGUGUACGAUGACGACGAGACACGAGCAUAACGAUUUUCUUUUUGUAGAACAUAUACAUAUGGACUUCCCUGGUGCGCACCGGCGCAGACUAAUUCGAUGAGAGGAGGUUGGACUCUGUUAUUAUUGUACUUUACUUUCGCCUUCGUUGCCCUUCAAUUAUUUCUUCAUUAUUCGCCGCCUUUUUCGCCUUCCUCGGCCACUUCCCUUUGCCUACCUUUUUAUGACUUUUUUUUAUUAGUUAGUUAUACCCCCGCCACCAUUAUCGCCGCCAAAGAAAACCCGAAGAAUAUGUAGAGCCAGUGUACCACUCCCCUUCUUCCCUUCUUUGCCCGCCUCUUUAUGACUGUUUUUUAUUCUUUACUUGUACUUUUCAUUAACACCAUCAAACAACCAAAGGAUUUGUAGAAUUAGUGUACUGGGAUUCAGUACUAGUAGCUAGCAGUGUCGUCGCUUUCGUAUCGCUCUUGUUGUGCUUAGCCAAAAAGAAUAUCAUAUUGUAGUAUCCUAA